AUGAACCUCUGCAAAUGGGUUACCAACUCACCUGAUCUGAGAGCCAUGUGGAAAGAGAAUGGAGUAGAGCUCACUGGGGUUAAUGGACAUUUUGAAAGACAGAGAAAAUACAAAAAGAAGUGUACUAAGAACAUCAGCCCGUAUAUUACUCCUUUUACAGUCCGAGUAAAGUGCCUUUUCCAAGAGAUGUGGGAAAAGGGGCUCAACUGGGAUGAACCAUUACCCACUGACUUGGCAGAGAAGUGGGAGCAGUGGUGUGUGGAGUUACCACUGUUACACCUGGUGUCUAUUCCCAGGUGGUACCACACUGAGAUUAACAAAGAGUCACACACUGUAAAGUUGCAUGUCUACUGUGAUGCAAGUGAAAAGGCUUACGGUGCUGUGGCAUAUCUUCAAGGACAAAACAACCUAGGAGAGACUAUUACCAGUUUUGUGGCCUCCAAGUCACGAGUAGCACCAUUAAAGAAAAUGACAUUACCUCGCUUGGAGCUCAUGGGUGCACUUAUUGGAGCAAGAUUAGGAUACAGCCUCCUUAAGCCACUGAACAUGGAGAAAAACCAGCUCAACAUGUGGACGGACUCUAUGAUCACGCUUCACUGGAUCCGCAGCUCAUCACGUCGAUGGAAACCAUUUGUGAGCAACAGAGUGGCAGAAAUACAAGGGCUCACAAAUCCAGAACUCUGGUCCCACUGUGCUGGCAAAAUGAACCCUGCCGACCUUCUUACGCUGGGUUACCAUGGGACCCACUUCACUGUCUACAGAUGA